UUUGGGUGCAUUUUCUUUCAUCGUUUGAAAAUUCAUGUUUCACUUCAAAGACGAUUAUAGAAGAUUAGAAAAUUUCGCUUCAAAUUCUCCUUUGUCGAAAUUAUUUUAAUUAGAGGUCGUGGCCUUAGUUUCUGCACUGAUAUUCGUCUUCAAAGUAAAGUACACCACAUCCUCGGUUGAAGAUUCCGCGGUUUAGGAAUGCCUAGAACUGAUGGUCCACGCAGUUUAUUAGCUCACGGGGCGAGAGACAAUUGCCACUCAUGUUUGAAAAACUUCUUACGUACGGACGGGCUCGAUUGAGGAUCAAGGCUACUUGCAGGCUACCCCAGACACUGUUCUUAAAUCGCGGGUUCAGCGUAUGAAUUUCUGAAAGAUCCAAGAAAUUGGUAUAAUAAAAGCCAUGUGCCGAGGCUUAAGCGACAGUUUGAAAGGUGCUGUAGUACUUUACAAUUUGGAUAAACAAAUAAAUGAGAAAUUUAAGAAAACUUGUUUGAAAUCAAAUUCGAGAAGAACCACGAAUCCUAGCAAUCAUAGCCCAAGCAUGAAUUCCAAAGAACCACGAGAAUCAACUAUUCUCACACGAACGAUGCAAUGCUGUGGUCUCAAUGGUGGAUUUUUUUUAGGCAGUAUUCUUAUCCUCGAAAAUAUACUGUUCCCAUGUUUAAAAUAUUUAUUAACCAUUGUAUUUGGCCACUCGCCAGGCAUGGGCACGAGUCUUUGGUCAUGGAUAAAACCAUUUUUGACACUGACGUUCGGUACAUUUUGGAUACUACCUCUUUUUGUGCUCAGUAGGGUAAUAAACAGCUUCUGGUUCCAGGACAUAGCGGAUAGUGCAUACAGGUUUAGACAAGGUCGGCCCCAUCAUUUGCCUAGUGUGAGCAUACUUGUGGCUGAUAUGUUGGUCAGUGUACUAGUUCAGGUGUUGUUUCUGGCCCAGGGUAUGAUCGUAUCAAAUAUACCGCUACCAAUGGUAGGUGACGUCCUUGCUCUCAUCCACAUGUGCCUUCUUUACUCACUUUAUUCUUUCGAGUAUAAAUGGUUCAAUAUGGGUUGGGAACUGCAUAGGCGACUUACAUUUAUCGAAGGCAACUGGCCGUAUUUUAUUGGAUUCGGCUUGCCUCUAGCACUACUCACUAACUAUUUUGACUCAAUCAUGAUGAGUGGAUGUGUGUUUUCCAUUCUAUUCCCGCUGUUCAUAAUUAGCGGGAAUGAAGCAGAGCCAGUGACUGGAGUUUGUGACUAUCCUUUAAAACUAUUUUCGCCUGUGAUCGCAAUCGCUAAUACGCUUUUUACCAAAACAAUGGGUCCAGCCAGGAGGCCGUGACAACUGAAGAAGUCAACUAUUCUCAAUACUAGCUAAAGGAAGAAACAUUCUGAAAUGUUGAGGAUUCCCUAAGGUGUAGACUUGAACAUGUUUUGGAUGUAUCGACAUUUUGUUAAAUUAUGACGGUUAGAUAUUUCUCGUUGAUGCUUCCUUCAGUUUGAAAAGGAGAUUUUUGAAGUUUAUUGUUCUCUCUGUAUGCAAUUCGUAUGUUACUAAUUGAAAUUUUCGGUCCAACUUUAUUAUUUUGAUAUACGUUUUCUAAAUACAUACAUUUUAUUUUCUAAAACGAAAAAUGACUCGAAAACUGCUGAAAACUUUUUAAUUGCCCCGAACUUAAUAUUUAACGUAUAAACUUCAUAGUUCAAAAUCCGAUAUAUAUAUGUAUGUACGUAUAUUAAGCUUUGUAAUAUUCUGAAAUUCAGAAUAAAACUAUGAAAUUAAUUUUUUUAAUGACCAUAGGAAGAUUAAAAUGUAUUUAAUAGAUUGAACUAUAUUUUUAACUCUAUGGAUCACUUUUUUGUACAGAAAUCGUAUAAUUGAACGUAAUAAAUUCAUUUAGUUUUUGUGUGCCUUAACAUUUUUUGGACAAAUUAAAGAUUGAUCAUGCGCUUAACUUGUCAUUUAAUGUGCAAUAUACUCUCGAGAAAAAUCCUAUUUUCGGUUCAAUUUUUCUUAAAAAUUAAGUUGGUUUCUUCCUAAUUUGGAACAUCCUAAAAAAGCGCUAAAGGAACUUAUUUUUAGCUAUAAAAAGAAUUAAGAUUUUAAGAAAGCACUAUUAUUCCCAUAAUGAUGCAAUUUUCAUAUCCAGCUUCGACGCUUAAGGAUUGUUAGUUAAACAGAGAACCUCGCUUUUUGUACAGAUUGACAUCGUAGCCAAGAAUUUUCCAUUUCUCAUUAUUGUUCAUCAAAUAAUUAUACAGUCUUAUAUAGACCUUUUAAAUGUUUAAAUGGGGAUCUAAAAACUUAAAAACCUGUGUUGAAUAAUAUUUGUUUACAACUUAUACCUAUAAAAAUCCUAUGUGAAAAUCAUAAAAUUGAAGGUGUUAAAGUAAAAUGUGCUUUGAAAAAACAGUUUUAUUCUCAGAAUCCACGUUGAUGGUUUUAGAUCUCUAUCAUGGCGAUUUUAUUUUAUGUGAACAGUCGUAAUAUUUCACUAGUCAAUUAAUAUAUUUUCCGCAGACUUGCAUGCCGUAAAUAGAUAUUUUGUGUUCAUUUCUAUCGAACAGUUCUGCACAAAGUGUAAGGUUAAAUGUUGAAUUUGUAACGUGCGAUUGUCGAUGCUACUAAUGCGAAGCAGAAGAUAGCCAAUAGAGAGACUGUGAUUAGUCGAUAACAAUUGAAAUGUCAAGAUUGUAACUUAACCUUAUUUCCGAUCUUUACGCAAGAGCUGCAUUUUUACAAGAGUAAAAAUGUAGAACUUUUGUAAAAUCAAUUUUAUAUAUCGAUUGGAUAGUAACUAAUGUUUAAAACCCCAUUGAGUUACGAGUUGCCGCGUAAUGUGUUCAAAAUGAUUGGAAAUCAGCUACGACACGAGACUGCGUUUGUCAAACGUGCAAUAUCAGGUUUCUAUAUUGUUUUAACUUUAUUUACUUCAAAAAGUUUCGGGAUUUCAAAGCACUUUUUGUGCAUUUGAAAUAGGAGCAGACAUAAUAUUUUGGUGAUCAGAUUUUUACAACUCGCGCGCCUUAUUUAAUACAGUUAGAGGAGGCUGUUUAUAUCAUACAGAAUGUAAUCGAUGGGAAGACUUGGGGCGCAGUUCCAUGAAGGUAGAUUAGUAGAAUAGUGGAACAGUUUUUACCAGUGAGGUGAUUGAUAAAGCUAUUAGUAAAAUAGUGGAACAAUUUCGAUCAGUGAGGUAACUGCUAAAGCUUUUGCAGACACCCUAUUGGUCAAGACUCUUCCUAUAUUCUACUAAUCUGCCUUCAUGGGACUGCACCCUGAGUACUGCCAACUUAAAACUUGUAGAAUACUCGUACUUUCGAAUUUCUAAAAGGCGUCAGAAAUUACAGAGAUUUUAUCAAUUGAAAUGUGGGUUGUGUAUCGUGUAAACAACUUCGGUUAACUGUACAGCAGUUUGAAUACGGUAUAGAAUUUGGUAUCAGUUUGUGGCGAGGGGCUAUUUAUAGUAAAUUAUACAUGUAAUAUACGAUAUAAAUGUUUUAUAUACUGUGA